AUGAGACUUAUAAUGUGUUAUCCAGUAACAGACGAAGGAUUUGUGGAAGCAGUUGUGAAACUUCCGUUGCUCGAAUACCUCGAGGUUUCACAUUGCUCAUUGUCAGGAGAGUCUCUAGAAGCUGCAGGCAAGUCGUGUCCAAAUCUGAAGACAUUGAAGCUAAACAACGAACCUGACCCCGAGUUUGAUGAUGAUGAGUGUAAUAAUGAAGAUGCUCUAGCAAUUGCAAAAAGCAUGCCCGAACUACGCCACCUCCAGCUUUUUGGGAACUUUCUAACCAACACGGGCUUAAACGCCAUUCUCGAAGGUUGUCCUCACCUGGAACACCUGAUUUACGCAAGUGUUUCAACAUUAACCUUGACGGGGAUCUGGCUAAGCAACGUUUCGAGAGGAUCAAAGAUGUGA